GGCCUUGUUGGAAUUGUGUUUUGAUUUGACAGAAAACGUUGACCAUGGGAUUUGGUCGAUUUGAGUUUGUCCUUGUGUUUCUUAUAGCCAGCAAUGGGGUUAAUUCUUUGGAUACGUUAUUUGAACUAACCUCAGAUACCAUCGAUGUGGCAUGUAGAGCUGUCAAAGAUGCCGUCCAAACAUUUCCCCUUAAUCCGCCCUACAUUGAAAAGGUCUCAUUCCAGCUGAGAACGGCAUGUGGUACCAUAGAAUUUCCCGUCGAACAAGCUGCCAAAUUGCGACAAUUUCGGCAAUUCGAUGUUCGCAAGAAGACAGCAUUCUUUGUGGCCGGAUGGAUUGCUCCACCGGAUUAUUAUUAUACGAAGGAUAUUAUAAAGGCCUACAAUUGCCGGAGGGAUUAUAAUUUUGUGUUGGUGAACACCGGUGGCUUUAUAACAAAUCUCUACGCCAACUCUGCCUAUCACACCGAAAAGUUGGGCAAAUUUCUGGCGAUCGGCCUUAAAAAUCUUGGACUGCGAGUAGAUAAAAUGCAUUUAAUUGGACAUAGUUUGGGCGCCCAUAUAGUGGGCAUUGCUGGACGCUAUUAUCAACAGUUAAGAGGUCGUAAAUUAAAACGUAUUACCGCCCUUGAUCCCGCCCGUCCAUGUUUUGUAACACCCAGCGUAUUUCCUCGCCUCCGACGUGAUGAUGCCGAUUUCGUUGAUGUAAUCCACUCGAAUCCCUUUCUGCUUGGCAGUGAAGAACUAUUUGGUGAUGUGGAUUUUUUCGCUGGCGGUUAUGUGGCCUCAAAACCGGGCUGUGGCAUAUCCAUACGUUGUUCGCAUGAAAUUUCUGUACAAUAUUUUGCCGAAUCAGUGUAUCCGGAAAAUGAACGAAAUUUUGUGGGACGGCAAUGUAGGAAUUUAGAAGAAUUGAAGGCGGAAAGUUGUAAUGGACCCAAAUCAAUAAUGGGCUUGGGCAAUACUGGUGUGGCGAGAGGAAUACAUUAUGUUGCCGUACGUUCAAGUCCACCAUUCGGAGUGUAUGCUAAAGCUGGAAGCUUAUUUCGUACAAGUCAAUGCGGACUUUGUAGGAAAUAAAAUUUUAGAGAUAAUUCAAGAUUGAUGUAAAGCACAAAGUAAUGCAACAUCUACGUUAACAAUACUUAAUUUAACAUUAACAACCUCUACCAUACAAUGGAGGAUAUAUUCACUUCAUCAUUUCCGCUGUAACUCCUCGAAAUACUCAUGUUAGGUCAUAUUAAUAAAAGAGUAAAGUAAUUGUCUGACUUAAAGAGUCAUCAACGCCCAGACGAAACGGCUG